AUGGACAAGAUUCUAUUUCUUGCCUUUAUGGUUUUGCUUUUGGUGCCUUGUAGAAAUGCAGAACCAAAAUUUUCUCGAAAAUUCGAGGUUCUUGGGGAGCUCGAGAAUUUGGACGUAGAGGAAAAUGGAGACGAGGAAUUCGAGCUGUUGGAGUUUCCAUCAUGGGAAUCUGAUCGCGCAAACAAGAUUCUUGUGAAUGUGGAUGCAUUUGGUGCAGCUGGAGAUGGAACAUCAGAUGAUACUCAGGCAUUUGGAAAUGCGUGGAAACAAGCUUGCUCUACACCAAAAUCAGUCUUUCUGGUUCCUGAAGGGCGCCGUUAUCUAGUCAAUGCAACACGAUUCAGAGGGCCUUGUGCUGACAAGUUAGUAAUCCUGAUUGAAGGUACGAUUGUAGCACCAGACGAACCAAAGAGUUGGGACCCUAAAAACCCAAGGAUUUGGCUUGAAUUUUACAAUUUAACCAAGGUUCUUUUCCAAGGAGGUGGAGUUAUUGAUGGCUCAGGCAGCAACUGGUGGGCAGCAUCUUGCAAAAAGAACAAGUCCAAUCCAUGCAAAGGAGCACCAACUGCUUUGACAAUAGAUUCAAGCUCUGCCAUAAGGGUGAAAGGCCUUACAAUUCAAAACAGCCAACAGAUGCACUUUGUCAUUUCAAAAUCCAACUCUGUGCGCGUGUCUGAUGUAAAAGUUUCAGCACCCGAGGAUAGUCCCAACACUGAUGGAAUCCAUAUCACUGAAUCAACAAACAUAAUACUCCAGAAUUGCAAAAUUGGAACAGGAGACGACUGUGUUUCAAUUGUCAACGCCAGCUCAAAUAUCAAGAUGAAGACCAUCUAUUGUGGACCUGGUCAUGGAAUCAGCAUAGGUAGUCUUGGGAAAAACAACUCCACUGGUAUUGUUGAAAAUGUAGUUCUGGAUAAUGCAUUCCUCCGAGGUUCAACCAAUGGCCUUAGGAUCAAGACUUGGCAGGGAGGAUCUGGUUAUGUUCGUGCAGUACGCUACCAAAAUGUGAUGAUGCAAGAUGUUUCAAACCCCAUUAUCAUCGACCAAUUUUACUGUGAUUCACCAUCAGCUUGUCAAAAUCAGACUUCAGCAGUGGCAGUAAGCCAAAUCAUGUACCGCAACAUCAGUGGAACUUCAAGAAGCCAAAAUGCCAUGAAAUUUGCUUGUAGCGACACUGUCCCCUGCACCCACAUAGUGCUCAAUAACAUCAACUUACAGAGAAAGGAUGGCACAGUUGAAACCUACUGCAAUUCUGCUGCCGGCUUUGGAUAUGGAUACAUUCAACCUUCGGCCGAAUGUCUUGCUUCCUCGGAUAAGGACAUCAUUAAUAAACUGGAAAAAGAAACAGAAUAUCUCAUCCAUAGUGAACUCUGA